UAAUAUUGAGAGCAAGCUGCUGUUCAAAGAUAACCAUGCAAGGUGGAGAUGCAAACAGCCUUGACGGAAAAUAAAGUCGUUCAGAAACGGAUUGCAUUUUGAAUUAAAAAAAGAAGACCCUUGCCUCGCUUCAUCCAUGAUGCGGAAGCUUUACGUGUGCAGCGGGUUCUUGAUGGACGGCGGGACGAGGGAGAGGCUGCGAGGCUGAGCUGCUCUGCAGAGUCUGGCCAUCAGCUCACACCACAUCCAGUAAAACACUCAACUUAUCCUUUUCCUACAACAAUCCUCCGGUCCAUUUCUCCCACAAUGGCCACAAAUGGGAACAAUCCACCGUCGGGGAUGGGAGAGAUCAUCCAGCUGAACGUCGGUGGGACAAGGUUCAGCACGUCCAGACAGACUCUGAUGUGGAUUCCAGACUCUUUCUUCUCAAGUUUACUGAGUGGAAGGAUAUCCACUCUUCGGGAUGAAACUGGAGCUAUAUUUAUUGACCGAGAUCCAACAGCCUUUGCACCAAUUCUCAAUUUCCUCCGAACCAAAGAACUGGACCUGCGAGGUGUCAACAUCAGCGUCCUGCGACAUGAAGCCGAGUUCUAUGGGAUUACUCCUUUAGUGCGCCGUCUGCUGCUGUGCGAGGAACUGGACCGCUCAUCAUGUGGGAGUGUCCUGUUCCACGGUUACCUGCCGCCUCCAGCCGUCCCUGCACGCAAGCCCGGACCUCCGUCAGCUGCCCCUGAUGAGCGCUCGGGUCCAAGUGGAGCAGAGGGCUUCACCCGCGUGGGCCCGCUUCCUCACCCGUCCUUCUCUGGCCCACUUGGCACAGACGACGCCCACAAACUGGUUCCCACGGUUGACCCAAGGAAGGUGUUGAUUAUAACGGGACAUCACAACUGGAUUGUGGCAGCUUAUGCACACUUUGUCAUCUGCUACAGAAUAAAGGAAUCGUCUGGGUGGCAGCAGGUGUUCUCAUCUCCCUACCUUGACUGGAGCAUUGAACGUAUUGCAGUUAAUGCGAAGGUGGUGGGGGGUCCGCACGGAGACAAAGACAAGAUGGUGGCUGCCGCUUCUGAAAGCAGCAUCAUCCUCUGGAGCAUCCAGGACGGGGGCAGUGGGAACGAAAUAGGCGUGUUCAGUCUCGGCGUACCUGUCGACGACCUCUUCUUCAUCGGGAACCAGCUGGUUGCUACGAGCCACACAGGGAAGGUCGGGGUGUGGAAUGCUGUCACACAACACUGGCAGGUCCAAGAUGUGGUUCCCAUCACCAGCUGUGACACAGCAGGGUCGUUCCUACUACUGGGCUGCAACAACGGCUCUAUCUAUUACAUCGACAUGCAGAAGUUCCCUCUGAGGAUGAAGGACAACGAUCUGUUAGUGACUGAGCUUUAUCACGACCCUUCAAACGAUGCCAUCACAGCGCUGUCCGUCUACCUGACGCCUAAAACCAGUGUGAGCGGGAACUGGAUAGAGAUCGCCUACGGGACCAGCAGCGGCGCGGUGAGGGUUAUCGUGCAACACCCGGAGACUGUGGGGUCAGGUCCUCAGCUCUUCCAGACCUUCACCGUGCACCGGAGCCCCGUGACAAAGAUCAUGCUGUCUGAGAAACACCUGGUCUCAGUGUGUGCGGACAACAACCACGUCCGGACGUGGACAGUGACGCGGUUCAGAGGGAUGAUUUCCACGCAGCCGGGGUCCACGCCGCUGGCUUCCUUUAAGAUACUGUCGCUGGAGGAGACGGAGAGCCACGGCAGCUACUGCUCUGGGAACGAUAUAGGUCCAUUUGGGGAGAGAGAUGAUCAACAGGUCUUCAUCCAGAAGGUCAUCCCCAUCACCAACAAACUGUUCGUGAGGCUCUCUUCAACUGGGAGAAGGAUCUGCGAGGUGCAGUCCGUGGACGGGACCACCAUCACGUGCUUCAUGGUGAGGGAGUGCGAGGGUUCCAGUCGAAUGGGAUCCCGCCCGCGCCGGUACCUGUUCACCGGGCACGGCAACGGGGGCAUCCAGAUGUGGGACCUGACCACCGCCAUGGACACGGCGAACAAAGGAGAGGAGAGGAAGAAAGAGGAUGUAGGCGGGCCGUCGGAGGAGGAGCUGCUGCAGCUGCUGGACCAGUGCGACCUGAGUACGUCCCGCUGUGCCACGCCGAGCAUCAGCCCCGCCCCGUCUGUGCUGCAGCACACUCGCCUCCGGGAGUCCUGCUCCAGUCUGCAGCUGCAGGCCCCGGAGCCCAUUCCUGAGAGCCAGGCCACCUACGGAGCCGUGCGGCCCUACAGGGAGAGCCCCCUGCUGGCGCGCGCACGUCGGACCGAGUCCUUCCACAGCUACAGAGACUUCCAGAACUUCAGCCUGAGUCGGGGGGCUCUGGACGGCACAGGCCCGGCGUUCGGCCACGGCCCCCCCCAGAGCCUGGACGCCCGCCGCUCGCUCUGUGACUUUGGGCCUGAGGACGGGGACAGGAGGGCCUCGGUCAUGGAGCUGUGGGCCUCCCGCACCGCCAGCUCGAGCUCCGUCACUGUCGGGAGCAGCUCGGGGACCAAAGUGGAGAGCGCUCAAGAAACGCCGCGGCAACCGCCGGACAGCCCGAUUCCAGGAGGCGACGUUAGACGGAAGGUGCAACCUCCGCCGGAGGAAGGGGAGGGAGACUCGGCGAAGGCCGACGGAGGUGCGAGGAAGAGGGGGGUACUGGACGGAGGCUUUCUGGGGAAGAAGAAAGCUCCCCCGGUUCCACUCCUGUCCUCCGUUCCCUCCGGGUCUGACGGUGGGGGCAGCGACUCGUCUGCAAACGCAUCGCCUUCCCCGACCAAAGUGGCUGCUUCCACCUCGCCGCGGCACAGGAAGCCGACGCCCGAGUCGUCCAGCCAGGACAGCAGCCUGUGACAGUCCUGGUGACGUCUCCUCUACGUGAAGUCCGAGUCGCCUUCCUCUUCCUCCCCCCGGUUUGGUUUGGCUUCUUUCUUUGCUCUGGAACCCCCGAAACCAGGAGCUCUACCACGUUUACCGAUUCCAACAUGAAGAAGUGAUUGCAAUGCCCCGACACUAACAGCGCGACAUCUCAAGGAAUUAAUCAGUCGAUUUAUUUUUAAACGUUUUACUUCCGUCGAACCUGAUGGGUGUAACUGGAGCUCCUUUCAUCUCAGUCUGCUUUCGGUGUUCGUUUUAGGUCAUCUUAACAGAUCGUUGAUGUCGUAUGCACUUUUUUAAGUUUCAACCUAAGAAUCAUUAGCUUGCUUGUUCGUGAAGAACGACUGAAUUCAUUUGCUCUUCUUGUGUUGACAUCAGUCACUCAGCAUCCUCAAGAACACACGGUAACCAUGGGAACAGACAGGACUCUGGUUAGGUACCAAAAAACACUAGGUCACAGGUUAGUUCACAUAUACAAAGAAUUAAAG